GUAAAAUCAGUUGGUUUUGGCUGUUUCCUUUGAGAUGACGUCCGCGAUCACUCUGCUUAUUUUGACGGCACUUCUAAGACUCGGACAACCAGUAUUCUCUGGAUUUCUGGACCCACAAUGCUUAGCACCAUAUGGACAGAGAGUUAUUGGUGGUCAGAAUGCACGAAGAUCUCCUUGGAUGGCGUACUUAAUUCGCAAUGGAGGGUUUGCUUGUGGGGGCUCACUUAUUGCAUACCGCUUCGUUCUGACUGCAGCUCAUUGCACGCAAGUCAACGAUAAUUUAUAUGUGAGAUUGGGAGAGUACGACUCCUCGAGGACAACAGAUGGCCGCACUACGGACUAUAGAGUUAUAAAUAUAUAUCGUCAUGAGCACUACGUAAACUUCCAGCACGAUGACAUUGCAGUGCUUAAAUUGGAUCGAACAGUGGUGUACAAUGCUGGCGUCAGACCGAUCUGCAUUUUCACAAAUUCUGGCUUCCAGUCCGUCGCAGACAGGAUUCAGGACUUCACCUUAACCGGCUGGGGCCAGAGUGCCCACCACUACGAAAUGCCUACGACGCUCCAGGCAAUGUCCCUCCACCGGGUGGAGAAACACUUCUGCGGGGCACCGAGUAACACUAUAUGCUGCAGGAAUCCCUCGAAGUUCGCUUGCUUCGGGGACUCUGGCAGCCCAUUGGGAGCCCUGCUGAAGUACAGAGGCGUCUAUAUCUUUGCCCAGUUCGGAAUUGUCAACUCAGUCACGGGUAAUUGCGAUGGCUAUAGCAUUCAUAUGGACCUCACGAGCUAUAUGCCCUGGCUUUUGAAUACACUGCGAAGAAACUGGUUCUAACAAAAGGGUUAAUUAUAAAAGAAAUGCACAGCUAUUGCAAAAAAUUGGUUAAGUGAUGUUUUAAUAAUGUUAAUUAUGUGACGCUGUUUUAAAAUUAUUCUUACUCAC